AUUUUUCAAUAUGGCAAAGACAAGAUCAGAUUCUUGCCUCUUGGAUUUUAUCUUCCCUUAGUGAAAGUAUUCUCAUUCUGACUGUUGGAUUAGAAUCUUCAAAACAAAUUUGGUUGGCUCUUGAAAACAAUUUUGCCACACAGUCUCAAGCUAAGAUAAUGCAAUAUAAGAUCUUGCUGCAGUCUUUAAAGAAAACUGGUAUAGCAAUGAAAGAAUAUCUUAGCAAAAUGAAAAGCUAUUGUGAUGUGUUGGCUUCUGCUGGUCAUACUAUUCCAGAAAAAGACCAAAUCCUUCAUGUCUUAAGUGGUCUACCAAGUGAAUAUGAUGCUGUUGUU